AUGCGACAAUGGGUAUCAAAGGCGACGCCAUGGGGGUGUCAUAUGCAUGUAAGAGCUAUCUGCGGCACACAUUGUAUGUUCCAGCGCGGCCAGUGGGGCAAUGACAGUCAGAGGGGGGACUGCCAGGGUCAGCGCAGCUAUGCCAAUCAAAGUAAUCAAGGUGACUGGGGUGGCCAACGUGGUGUUGGUGGCAGACGCGACUACGGCAAUCAAGGCAAUCAAGGUGACUGGGGUGGCCAACGUGGUGGUGGCGGCAGACGUGACUACGGUGAUCAAGGCAAUCAGGGCGACUGGGGUGGC